AAUCAGCCUGUUUUCCGCUCAGACCACCAGAGGGAGCCAUCGCCUGAGUUCUAAUCUCUCCUGAGCCUUAUCUUCACUCCAUUUCACUUCAGGCCAUGCAGGCAUAGACUAAGGAGGAGCUGGCAAAAGGUUUAAUCAGGCCAUCCACGUCUACCAUGUCCGCAGGGUUUUUCUUCAUGAAAAAGAAGGAUGGAGGACUCAGGCCCUGUGUAGACUUUCGAAGCCUCAAUGACAUUACAGUGAAGUAUCACUACCCUCUGCCCUUGGUUCCAGCAGCUCUGGAGCAAUUACACACUGCGCAUUACUUCACAAAGCUAGACCUCCGCAGUGCAUACAAUCUCAUCCGGAUCCGUGAAGGUCAUGAGUGGAAGACCGCCUUUUCCACAACCACAAGACACUAUGAGUACCUAGUCAUGCCAUUCGGCCUCUGUAAUGCUCCGUCAGUUUUCCAGGCCUUUGUCAAUGAUGUCUUCAGGGACCUGCUCCACAAAUUCGUCAUUGUCUACAUUGAUGACAUCUUGGUCUACUCGGACACAUUCGAGGAGCACGUGUCCCAUGUCCGCCAGGUCCUCCAACGCCUAAUCACACAUCGUCUCUAUGCAAAGGGAGAAAAAUGUGAGUUCCACCAGACAUCUGUUUCAUUCCUGGGCUAUGUCAUCAGAGCUCAGGGGGUGGCCAUGGAUCAGGGGAAAGUUGAAGCUGUGCUUCGUUGGCCACAGCCAUCCACAGUGCGGGAGCUCCAGAGGUUCUUAGGCUUUGCUAACUUCUACCGCAGAUUCAUUCGAGGCUUGAGCACCAUCGCCGCACCAUUGACCUCGCUGCUUAAAGGCGCUCCACGGUGGCUGCACUGGACACCUGCAGCCAUUCAGGCUUCUGAGGCCCUCAAAUCCCGGUUCUCCCAGGCACCUAUACUCCACCACCCAGACCCCACUUCCCAAUUCAUUGUAGAGGUUGACGCUUCUAGCACAGGCAUUGGCGCUGCACUUUCUCAGUGUCAACGUCAACCUGCUAAGACCUACCCCUGUGCUUACUAUUCAAGGAAGCUGACCAAUGCUGAACUUAACAAUGAUGUGGGGGAUCGUGAGCUAUUACCAAUGAAAGCGGCGUUCGGUGAGUGGAGGCAUUGGUUUCAAUUCCAGAUCACCUACUGUCCUUGA